GAAUGUGUCAACUCUGAAUUACAAUGAGCAGCCGGGAAGGCUCUGUCAGCUGACUAAUCAGGGAUAGUGGGUUUUUUGCAGCGCUGCCGCGGUGGUAAUGGAAGCAGCCGCGGUAGCUUUGUUUGAUAGAGAUUUUUGGCCGCCGCGUUUAAAUACUACCCUAGAAGCAGCUCAUAUUUCAUCAAUGUUGCAUUGACAAUUGGAAAAGAAGAGUGUUCUUGUGUAUAGGCGAGAUGGCAGAAGCAACUCCCCCGAGAGGCAAGAUGAGGUUCAGAAGGAAUGCGGUGUCCUUUCCUGGGAACUUGCACUUGGUUUUGGUUCUGCGUCCGACCAGUUUUCUUCAACGAACUUUCACAGACAUUGGAUUUCGAUUUAGCCAAGAAGACUUCAUGCUCAAAUUACCAGUGGUUAUGCUGAGCUCAGUUAGUGAUUUGCUGACAUACAUUGAUGACAAGCAAUUAACCCCUGAGUUAGGCGGCACCUUGCAGUACUGCCACAGUGAAUGGAUCAUCUUCAGAAAUGCUAUAGAAAAUUUUGCUCUCACAGUGAAAGAAAUGGCUCAGAUGUUACAGUCCUUUGGAACUGAACUGGCUGAGACAGAACUACCAGAUGAUAUUCCUUCAAUAGAAGAAAUUCUUGCAGUUCGUGCGGAAAGGUAUCACAUGUUAAAGAAUGAUAUUACAGCAGUAACCAAAGAGGGAAAAAUCCUCCUCACAAGUCUGGAAGUGCCUGGCUCUGAAGACGCUGUCAGUUCAAGGCUUGAACAUCGUCACCACAUAAAUGGUGACUGGCAAACUGUUAACAAAUUGCUGACUCAAGUACAUGAUAUGGAGAUAGCUUUUGAUGGAUUUUGGGAAAAACACCAACUAAAAAUGGAGCAAUAUCUGCAACUAUGGAAGUUUGAGCAGGAUUUUCAAGAGCUUGUGAGUGAAGUUGAACUUAUGUUAAACCAACAAGCCGAGUUGGCAGAUGUAACAGGGAACAUAGGUCAAGUAAAACAAAAAAUAAAAAAGUUGGAAAACUUAGAUGAAAAUUCUCAGGAUCUGUUAGCAAAGGCCCGGUUUGUGAUAUUACACGGACACAGACUUGCCGCAAAUCACCAUUAUGCACUUGAUUUGAUCUGCCAGAGGUGCAAUGAACUCCGUUACCUUUCUGAUAUUUUGGUUAAUGAGAUCAAAGCCAAAAGGAUACAGCUCAGCAGGAUCUUCAAAAUGCAUAAACUCCUGCAGCAGGCUCGUCAGUGCUGUGAUGAAGGAGAAUGCCUUCUAGCUAAUCAGGAAAUAGAUAAGUUUCAGUCUAAAGAAGAUGCUCAGAAAGCCCUCCGAGACAUUGAAAAUUUUCUUGAGAUGGCUUUGCCCUUUAUAAAUUAUGAUCCUGAUACCCUACAGUAUGAAUUUGAUGUAAUUUUAUCUCCUGAACUCAAGGUUCAAAUGCAGACUGUACAACUCAAGCUUGAACACAUCCGAAGCGUAUUUGAGAACCAACAAGCUGGUUUCAGGAACGUGACGGAUAAGCAUGUGAAGCCAGUCCAGUUUGUGGUACCUGCUUCUGACAAUUUGAUGAGAUCUAGAACACCAUUGUUUUCACCUAAACAUGUGGGAGUUGGAUACUCUUUCUUUGAAGCAUGUAAACUUUUUUCCAAAGGAAAGAAGACUUGGAGACAAAAUCAGAGCAACUUAAAAAUUGAAGUGGUGCAUGACUGUCAGGACAAGAGAAGUUCUGGUCAAUCCUCCAGUUUGGACAACGACAAUAGCUUGGAUGUUUUACAGAACCACGUCUUGAAUGAACUGAUACAGACAGAGAGGGUGUAUGUUCGUGAGCUGUUUACUGUUUUGUUGGGCUAUCGAGUGGAGAUGGAUAAUCCUGAGAUGUUUGAUCUUAUGCCACCUCUCCUGAGAAAUAAAAAGGAUAUUCUCUUUGGAAAUAUGGCAGAAAUAUAUGAAUUCCAUAACAACAUUUUCUUGAGCAGUCUGGAAAAUUGCGUUGAUGCUCCAGAAAGAGUGGGACCUUGUUUCCUGGAAAGGAAAGAUGAUUUUCAGAUGUAUGCAAAAUACUGUCAGAAUAAACCCAGAUCAGAGGCAAUUUGGAAGAAGUACUCAGAAUGUGCCUUUUUCCAGGAAUGUCAAAGAAAAUUAAAACACAGACUUGGUUUGGAUUCCUAUUUACUCAAACCCGUGCAACGAAUCACUAAAUAUCAGUUACUGUUAAAGGAGCUACUGAAAUAUAGCAAAGACUGCCAAGGGUUUGAACAAUUAAAGGAGGCACUUGACACAAUGCUGGAUUUACUGAAGUCAGUUAAUGACUCUAUGCAUCAGAUUGCAAUAAACGGCUAUAUUGGAAACUUAAAUGAACUGGGCAAGAUGAUCAUGCAGGGCGCGUUCAGUGUUUGGAUCGGGCACAGGAAAGGCGCUACAAAAAUGAAGGAUUUUGCUAGAUUCAAACCAAUGCAGCGGCAUCUCUUCUUAUACGAAAAAGCCAUCGUUUUUUGUAAGAGGCGUGUUGAAAGUGGAGAAGGCUCUGAUAGAUACCCGUCAUACAGUUUUAAGCACUGUUUGAAAAUGGAUGAAGUUGGUGUCACCGAAUACGUAAAAGGAGAUAACCGCAAGUUUGAAAUCUGGUAUGCUGGCAAGGAAGAAGUUUAUAUUGUCCAGGCUCCAAACGUAGAUGUGAAGAUGACAUGGUUAAAAGAAAUAAGAAGUAUUUUGCUGAAGCAACAGGAACUUAUGACAGUUAAAAAACGAAAGCAGCAUAAUCCAUUAACAGAACAGGAUCAGCUUUCUUCUCAGCGGAAUGAUGAAAGGCAGCACGGAUCUUUCCUGGGUGCCGAGGAAGCGGAACCGGAACGCAGUGGCGCUAUGGCAGACGUCCGGGAGGCAGUCGCGUCGGUCCCGGCUGAAGCUAACACAGUUUGGACCCAGAUGUCCUCACCUGCAGAAAUCUCUGAAGACCCCACGGAAUGGUCAAGCAACUAUUUCUACACUUCUUACGAUGACAAUGAAGAAGAAGAAAGGCCCUUAAUGGUUGGUGAUGGCGUAUUCAAAUAAAUAAAUAAAAACUCUCGGGGCAGUAUUACUGACGCAGUAGGCAGGCACGUGGGGGCAAUCUUCUGUCCGUGUCCUUGAGGUCAUUAGGUAGAUUUCACUGCCAAAAGAUUUGAAACCUGUCCUAUCACGGACAUUCAGUAGUAAGCGCUUCUGUCUGCAAGAACUGGUCUGAGCUAUACGUGGCGCUCCCACUGAAGUUGAUGGGACAAAUGGUCCAUCAUUUCAGUCUCUGUACAUCGACCAGUUUUAUCUUUACUUGAACUUCACCACUGUGUUUUCAAUCUAAGCAUGGGAGAUAAAAUCAGAGAAGAAAGGAGAGUCAGAUAUACUUUAAAAAUCAGCUUAGAUUCCACCUUGGCAGAUCUAGGGAAUAAACUUUACACAGAUGAAACUACUUGAUAACAUCUGGGGAAUAUAUUUUCGUGGGCUGCCGGAACACGUGUUAAGGAUACCAAAUCAGCAUAACGGAGCAAGGGAGCGCCGCGUAAAACUAAAUGAGUUUGCGUUAGAGUAAAAGUAACUGAUAGAAGACGUAGUGUGCAGUAGAUUACUGUGGGGUGGGUUAGGACCGUUGAGGGUAUACCUACAAUUUCCUGAAGUCAGCAGCCCGGAGGGUGGGAGUGCCGCUUGGGAGUGGACUGCUUCGUGGUGCCCUUCAGAGGAACACAUUCAGUUUGGCAGUUCUAACGUCGGGGGAAGGGAGUAGUGGCGCGGAGAGCCACAAAGCUGCGGAGCGUCAACUCUGGGAUGCUUUCUUUAAAAAAGUAACAGAAUAUUCUUUCUCUUAAUAAUACAGUGACCGUAACACAUAUGUGUACGGUAGUUUCUCUCAUGAAUUCUAUCUGAGGAUGGGCGAGGCCGUUGUUCCGAUGUAAGCAGAAAAUCAGAGGAAGCCAGUUUGGGUUUAAAUGUUUUCUGCCAGGUCUUGAGUCAGCGUGUUCCCAGCUCCGGUGUCAGAAAAUGGAGCAAAUAUGUAUGCAGUAUUGUAGAUUACUUUAAUCCUCGCAGACGGGAAUGUAGAAAACCCCAUAAGCUCUCUCUUCUCGCCAUCAUUCCCUGACUUGUGCUACUAAAGAAAACAUACAAAAGAGCAAUACAGUGCGUUCUAGAUCCUAUCACCCCUACCAGCCGCCCCCCCCAGAAUAUCCCCAAAACCAAAAAGCAAAACAGGUUGGAAGGAGCUGCUCUCUUAGCCUCACUUUGUCAAGUCAAAAACUAAGAAAGAAUGG